UGACUUUGCUUUGGGAAAAAUAUAAGAAGUAGGCAUGUCCCAUGCUUUACAUUCACAACUACAUGUCUGUCACACGACAUAUCUAAUAUUAAAAGUGCCUUAUUAUUUACUUGUCUCAUGUCCCUCCCCUUAUAAAUACACAUCCUAACCUUCACUACCUCAUCACUCCACAGUUUUCCAAAUACAACAUUCUUUUCUCCUUAUUGAAAAAGACCUCUCUUAUUCUUGGUCCACUUCAUUGAUAUAUAUAUAGAUUUUUUUUUUUUUUUUUUUUGCCCAAACACUUCAUUGAUAUUUUCUUUCCCCUUAUCUGCAAUAAUCCGACGAUCAUGGCGGCUAUGUUGGCACUUUUCGUCACGGCGUUUGCCGCCAUCUUGAGCUCCUCCGUCGCCGAUCCGGACUUGCUUCAAGACGUUUGCGUCGCCGAUCUCAACUCUGAGGUUAGAGUCAACGGAUACGCGUGCAAGAGCUCAGCGAACAUAAGCGCGGACGACUUCUUCUCCACCAUACUCGCGAAGCCAGGAGCGACAAACAACACCUUCGGAUCGCUGGUGACGGGAGCGAACGUCCAGAAGAUUCCAGGCCUCAACACUCUCGGCGUCUCCCUCUCCCGCAUCGACUACGCUCCCGGCGGCCUCAAUCCGCCCCACACGCACCCACGCGCCACCGAGAUCGUCUUCGUCCUCUACGGAGAAUUGGACGUCGGAUUCAUAACCACCGCCAACGUCCUCGUCUCGAAGACGAUAAAGAAGGGAGAGAUCUUCGCGUUCCCGAAGGGAUUGGUUCACUUCCAGAAGAACAACGGCAAAGAUCCCGCCGCCGUAAUCUCCGCCUUCAACAGCCAGCUGCCGGGGACUCAGUCGAUCUCCACCACGCUCUUCGGUGCGUCGCCACCGGUGCCGGACAAUGUUCUGACGAAGGCGUUCCAGAUUGGGACCAAGGAGGUUCAGAAGAUCAAGUCCAGAUUUGCGCCCAAGAAGUAGAGUACUGUAAAAGUCUGGAGUCGCUGAGAUUUGUAUUUGUUUGUUUGUGUGUUUGUGUAUUGUGUAUUUUGUACUUUUGUGACGUGUUUUGGUGGCCUUUUCUUGGGCUUCUUUUGUUUAGGUUUAUUACUUACGAUUCAAUAUUGGGGGAGAUUAUUGGAAAAAAAUCAUAAUGGGGUCAGUGAAAAUGGAAAAUGUUGUAAUAACUUCUUUGGUAUGAGAAAAUACAGGAAAAAAAAUGUUAUUCA